ACUCUGCACCCGCGUAGUCGCGAUGACGGCCCAAGUGAACGAGCCCCCGGAGGUGGCCACAACGGCCUCCGGGGAGCAGCAGCCACCGCAGCCCACCCCGUUCUCAAUCGCCGACAUCCUGAAGCGUUCGGCCGCCGCCAUGGGGGCGGCUCGGAGGCCAUACCUUCCGCACCAGCCGCUCCUGUCACCACUGGCCCACCUGACACUCAGCUCGCCCCCGGAGGUGGGUCUGGCCGUGCCGCCCCCGCUCAUGCCGGCUGUCACCCUUCUACAACUGCAGCAGGAGGUUGCUCUGGACAUGACGAGGAAGAACGCGCUCAGCAUCCUCAAAGCAGAUGCUGACCGCGUAGAGUCCGAGCGUCGCCUUCACUCUGGAGAUCUGAACGCCGGCGACUCGUCGGUCCAAUUGUCCAACGUCCUAAACAAGCCCCGAAAGAAACGCUCGCGAGCCGCUUUUUCACACGCGCAGGUCUACGCCCUGGAAAGGAGAUUCAACAGCCAGCGCUACCUCUCCGGCCCUGAAAGGGCGGAGCUCGCACACAACCUCAAACUGACUGAAACACAGGUGAAAAUCUGGUUUCAAAAUCGACGCUACAAGACCAAACGCAAGCAAAUAAUGCACCAACAGGACCUGCUGACCAGCUCGACCUCGCCCGGCCCAGCGAAAAAGGUGGCCGUCAAGGUGGUGAUGAAGGAUGACCGCGUUUUGUACAAGAACGACCUGCCGCCCAGGUUCCCCGCACUGCCCCCUCUGUUCCCGGCGGCGGCAGCUGCCUACUAUUACUACUACCAGAACCCGCACCUCUACCCUGGCGGCCCGUCCGGUGCAGCAUCCAGCGGGGAUGGAUCGCCGCCCCCGCCUGAGUGCUCCAGGUCCAUUAGCCCCGUUGAAAUCAACUAGUGAUAUAAUGCACGUCUCUGAAAGAUGCAAAGGACAAUUCAAGCGGAUUUAUAAUUUUAUUUUUCUGAUUGAUUUUGAAAGAAAGCUACGUUAAGACGUCUGAUCUCUGUUAACGCCUCUCAAAUGCAAAGAAUACGUGAAAGGAGAACUUGUCCAGUUUUAAAUGUUAAGUUGUCUCAAUGUGGCGUGAUUAAGCUGAUUAAUAAUUCAAAGGAAACUGUGCUUGUUUGUGUAUAAAACUUUAAACCAACUAACUGCACCAUAUUUUAGAAUAAAUAUAAUUAAGAAGGAA